AUGGAUGAAUGCAAAUCUUUUAAAAAACAAUAUGACCAGUGUUUUAAUGCUUGGUUCAGGGAUAAAUUUCUUAAAGGAAGUAACGAUGACUCUGUGUGUUCAGAGCUUUUGAAGAACUAUACAGGCUGUGUCAAGAAAGUAAUGAAAGACAAAGACAUUGAUAUUGGAGAAUUCAGACCAUUUAGUCCAAAUAUUAGUUCUAAUUAUGAACCAUCUAAAAACAAAUGA